AUGGCGAAGGGAUUUAACACAACGGUUGCUCACACGAAAAAUAAAGAUUUCCGGAGAUACACCUCGCCGUCGCUUUACGGUACGCUAAAUCUCAGGAAAGGAACAAUUGGCAACUCACCUCUAGACAUAAAGGGACUCCGAUUCGCUAAGUCUCUUUCGAGGAAGAAGGAAUACAGUGUUGAAAACAGUGAAACAUAUAGCAUCCGGACACUCGCCCAUCCCUCACUUCGGCGACAGAUCGGCUUCUUGGACAUCAACUGCAAGAUGGUAAACGCUGCCUUUUAUCUCCUGGUGGUGGGCGUGGCCUCGGCCCAGAUCCUCGUGUCUCCUGAGUCGCGCCAAUGCAGAGAUCUGGCUGCCAUGGACGAAGCCAUUCCAGAAAGUAACUUGAAGGAGUAUACAGCGGGAGAAGUGAUGGAAGUGAAGGCCACGCUCCCCCAGGCUGAGAGCGGCGUCUUCGAGUUCUACCUCUGCCCCGAGACCGACCCUGGCGACGAGGAGUGUCUGGUCAAGAUGCCCCUGAACAUCGCCGGAGGAAUGGGCAAGAAGUUCGACCUGGCUAAGAUCCCGAAGACUGAUGACUACACGAUUCCCUUGGAGGUCCCUCAGGAUGUGACCUGUGAGAGGUGCACGCUCUUGUGGAUGCUGAUUCAGAAUUUCUGUCCCGAGGAUGUUUCUGAGCCCUGUGUGUCGACGACUGCCACUAUGUGUGCUGAUAUUUUUCCAUGUGGAGAGAAAGAAACAGGAAAGCGGGAUUUUGGGGACUUUUUCAAGGGAGUUUUUCCAGCCGCUGUCAACGGAGCCGCCAGAGGGAUCGCCGGGUGUGGCAGAUCCGGUUAA